GAGGCGAGACAGAAGGUAGCGUAUGUGAAGUUGGCAGGGAGCACAAGCAAGGAGGAGAGUAGAGCGAAUAGAGAGAGGUACAAGGUGGCGAGGAAGGAGGCAAAGCUGGCGGUCACGGAGGCUAAGAAUGCAGCAUUUGGUCAUCUGUACAAGGAAUUGAGGGAAAAAGGCAAGGACAGGAAGUUGUUUUGGCUCGCUAAAGCAAGGGAGAGGAAGGAACGGGAUCUGUACCAAGUAAGUUGCAUCAAAGACGAGGAUGGUAGAGUAUUGAUGGGAGAGUCCCAGAUUAAGGAGAGAUUGCAGACGUACUUCCAUGGUCUUCUAAACAAAUAG